AAGUUCACCGCAAUCUGAGAAUGUUCAAAUUCUGAAUGUUCUUGAAUUGUUUUAAAUUUUAUCCUUCAAUUCUGAAAGUUCUCUGAAAUUUUGAAAGCUCAAAUUCUAAAUUUUCUGGAAGUUUUUUAAACCUCAAAUUCCUAAGUUUGCUUGGAAAUAUUUGAAAGCUUGUAAUUUCUGAAAGUUCGCUUGAAAUUCUUGAAAGACCACUUUCAAAAGUUCUUUGGAAAUUUUUGUAGAAGCAAAUUCUGAAAGUUCCAAAAAAUUUAAAAAGCCAAAUUCUGGAAGUUCUCUGGGGAUUGUAUUUCAAAGCUCAAAUUUCUGAAGGUCGGCCAAAAAUCUUGGAAGACAGAGGAUAGUUCAAAGUUCAAACAGCACGGAAAGAACCAUGCGGGUGACCCUAAAGUAACUCGUCAAGUCCCAAGCUGUGUCGGAAGGAAAAAAUAAGGUUCGGAGUAAUGGAAGACGGCAGUUGGGAACUAUCAAAUCGGACGGCUAGGAUGCGGGCAACAGCCAGCUUCCCCCGUAAGCCAGACCUGCCCUCCGACUUAAACCCGGACCCACACGUCAUCCGAACAGAAGCCGAGCUGCCAAACCCCUCUCCCCCCAACGACCUACCUGGUGCAAAGCCACAGCAAGAAACACGCGACGCGACGCCGGCGCACGGGCCCCCGGCUUUCUUCCUCCCUAGUCCCUCCCUCCCGUCUCCCCCGGCCGAUUGCGCGCGCGCGUGAGGGCGCCGCUCGCCGUGGAUGCGGGUGGGGAGAGCAAUGCCGAUCGCGCUGGAGAGCGGCGCCCGUUUCGGCCGCGGGGCGGUGCCCCACCAGGCGCCGCUGCCGGCGUGCGGCGGCGGCACUUCUUCGGCGGGGCGGGGUAGCGACAGCUCGGCGGCGGCGGUGCACCGCGAGGAGUCGGAGGAGGGAGAUGGGGAGGUGCAGAGCUCCUACAGAGGCCCCCUGGAGACCAUGGACGCGCUCCAGGACGCCCUGCCCCGCAGGAGAGAGGUAUCCAAACCAAACAAUAGCAAGUUGAGUUCUUUGGUAAAUGCUGGGGAUGAUAUGGCCUCAUUUCAACCUGCAAAAGACAUCGCCAAUACUGAAAACCCAUCCCCUAAGAAACGCAAGGGUCUUCUUCCAUUCGGCAUCAACAAGAAUGAGUUGCAGAGCAAAAAGCUGAGCCCUGUUGGGGAUGUCACCAACAGCACAACAAAUUGCAGGAAGUCAUUAUAUCCAGCUGUUACAAGCAGUUCUCCAUCCAAGAGCAGGAGAGACGAUGACCACGUGUGCUGCAAGAACCUGCCUUGCCAUUGCCUGCAGAGAAAAUUCGGUGCCAUGGAUCCCUUUGCUUCUCCACCUGUUACUCUUGAAACUCAACUGAUCUCAGUUCAGAUGAGGUCUGUCUCGACAGUUGAUCUGCAGGAUGUGGUGGAGUCGACUGCUGAGGUUUCUCCUAGGGAAAAACGCAGGAAGAAUUAGCAGUGCUGUUGAUUCGGCAUUUCUUACUGGUCAACCACUGGUGCCCAUUUUAGACUGCGGAAUCCAGUGGCCUGUUGGUCCCCAUAUCCAGUGCAAAUGUGCAAUGCUUCACAAGGUUCAGUGACGAUUUUGUGUAGAGCUAGCCUGCUGGGAUUAUUCUCCUCGAUACAUAAUGAUAAUAGAGACAGUGGAAUUGAGAAAGUAAGUAUGCUUAUAUAAUAGGCAAGUAUGAGCGUUUAUCAAUUGUUCCUGAUCUGGUGCACCUUUUCUUGCCUGCCAUGGUGCCGGCUCUGUUUCAUUUCUGGCUGGCCCUUCAAGCUGUGGUUGAAUGUUGCAAGA